AUGGGUUUGAGGUUCAUUAAUUUCCCAACAAUAUGCUUCAUCUUCUUAUUGUCUUUUAAAGUAGUAAAUGGUGAUCCUGCUGAUGGAGUUUUCAAUGUAAAGGACUUUGGUGCUCUGGCCAAUGGCAAGAAUGAUGAUGCCAAGGUGGCAUUUUUAAGUGCUUCGACAAAAGCUUGUAACUCUAACAUAGCAGCAAAGGUGUUGGUCCCAGAAGGAACAUACCUAGUGAGUUUGGCUAAGUUCCAAGGCCCAUGCAAAGCACCAACUGUAUUUGAGGUUCAUGGAGUUGUCAAUGCUCUUCCUCGUUUAGAGUUGAUAAAAUCCAUCAAAAUUUCAGCACCAGCAGAAAAUCUCAACACAGAUGGAAUCCAUAUUGGAAACUCAAAUGGCAUUGAGAUCUCGAGUUCAGUAAUAGGCACCGGAGAUGAUUGCGUAUCUCUUGGACAAGGAAGUAAAAACAUCAACAUUUUCGACGUUUUCUGUGGGCCAGCCCAUGGAAUUAGCGUAGGAAGUCUUGGCAAAACUCUCAAUGAUGAAAUGGUUGGAUUGACAGUGAGGAAUUGCACCUUCACUGGGACUGAUAAUGGUGUUAGAAUCAAGACAUGGCCUGACUGUGCUGAUGGGAUUGCUUCUGAUUUUGUCUUCGAUGAUAUUGUGAUGAACAAUGUGCAAAAUCCUAUUGUCACAGAUCAGCAAUACUGCGCUCACAAUAAAUGCAAUCUUAAGGUGCCUUCACGCAUAAAAGCCAGCAAUGUGAGUUUCAAGAGAAUCCGUGGAAUCUCUGCUUCUUAA